AUGAACCAUAAGAUUGCAAUGAAUCGUCAAAUAAGCAAAGUAUCGAAUCCGGUGUCCAUUUCGUGGCAUAACAUCGAUGUCUUCAGCAAACCCUCCGGAGGAAUAUCACUGCCAUUUAAGAAGAAGAAAGACAAUCCAACUGUUCAUAUACUCAAGAAUGUUACCGGUCGGGCUAAUAGUGGACAGCUAUUGGCUAUUAUGGGAUCUAGUGGCGCCGGAAAGACAACACUAAUGAAUACAUUAACGCAACGAAAUCUAUCGGAGGUUACGGUCGAGGGUUCGGUCAAAAUGAACGGCAAACCAAUGGAUCGAAACCUAAUGAAAUCGAUGUCCGCUUACGUACAACAGGACGACGUGUUCAUCGCAAACAUCACUGUUAGAGAGCACUUGUGGUUUCAAUCCCAGCUCCGUAUGGAUCAGACACUCUCUAAACAGUUUAGAGACAAUCGUAUUGAAGAGGUUUUAUUGGAUUUGGGUUUAAGUAAAUGUGCGGACACUCGCAUCGGAGCCCCGGAAGUGGAAAAAGGCAUCUCUGGUGGAGAGAGAAAGAGAUUGUCGUUCGCUUCGGAGUUACUAACGGAUCCAUCGGUGAUGUUUUGCGAUGAGCCGACCUCUGGAUUGGACUCAUUUAUGGCAAUGAAUAUAAUGGAAGUGAUGAAAGACAUGGCUUCUGCCGGGCGUACAAUCAUAUGCACAAUACAUCAGCCCUCGUCUCAAGCCUUCGCAAUGAUCGACCAGUUGUUGCUUAUGGCAGAGGGAAGGGUAGCCUUCUUAGGCAGAGCCGAGAAAGCCAUUGAAUAUUUUGCCAGUUUAGACCUGGUCUGUCCCAACAAUUAUAACCCUGCUGAUUUUUACAUCAACCAAUUGGCUGUAAUUCCUGGCAAUGAAGUUGAAACUAAAAAGAAAAUAACGAAAAUAUGCGAUGGUUAUAAAAAUAGCACUUAUGAGAGGGAAGCCCUACCGCAGGAAAUGCACGAAAAACAUGAUAACUUAAUAUUUAAUAACAAUUCAUCAAAUUCCGGAUAUAAAGCCAAUUGGUUUAAACAGUUUUGGGCACUACUCUGGAGAUCAAAUCUGACAGCUAUGAGGGAACCAUUGCUGACAACUGUCCGAAUAAUUCAGACAAUUAUGAUGUCUCUUGUAUUCGGUGCAAUCUAUUGGCAAUUAAAUAUGGAUCAAAAGGGAAUAAUGGAUAUAAACGGCGCUCUCUUUCUAUUGGUUACAAAUAUGAAUUUUCAGAGUCUUUUCGGUGUGGUUAAUACAUUUUGCGGUGAAUUACCUGUUUAUCAUAGAGAGCAUGAAAAUGGCAUGUAUAGAGUUAGCACAUAUUUCUUGGCCAAACAGUUGGCAGAGUUUCCAUCAUUUACAUUUGUGCCCAUAAUAUUUGUGGUGAUAUUUUACUACAUGGUUGGUCUGAAUAGCGGUGCCGAACAAGUAUUGUUAUGCAUACUCGCGUGUGUUUUAGUCGCUCACGCGUCCACUAGUUUUGGGUAUUUUGUGUCGUGUAUAAGCAGCAAUGUAACGAUGGCCCUAUCGAUAGCGCCACCACUAAUGCUACCACUCAUGAUAUUUGGAGGAUUUUUUAUUAAUACAGACUCUGGUCAUCAAUCAGUGGCGAGACAUCGAUCACAUCGACUGUCCAGCGAUUCCCGGAGCGAACACUUCUUGUAUACCNUUUAUUACGGCAACGAAGCUCUGGUCAUCAAUCAGUGGCGAGACAUCGAUCACAUCGACUGUCCAGCGAUUCCCGGAGCGAACACUUCUUGUAUACCAAAUGGCAAAGUAGUGAUCAAUAAUCUAAGUUUCAACGAAGACCACUUCGCCCUAGAUCUAUUUAUAUUACUGGUGCUCAUUGUCUGUAUUAGAGUUUUUGCAUUCAUUGCAUUGUUGCUGAAAUCCAGAAAGAGAUAG